CUUCAGACGCUCCUCAACCCACCGGAAAGUGCGUGAUUAUUAUUUUUCCGUCUCCGAUUCUGACUUAUUAAAGCAGCCAAUCGACGCGCGGACGCCUGUUUUCUUAUCAUCCAUCCCGACGUUGUCCAUUCUCUAUCUUUACGCACAAGACGCGGUUGGAAUCACUACGGGAGAAACCGGAGCCCUUUGACGCAUCAGCAUCAGAGCAGCAGGUGACCAUCAGAAAUGUCAAGAGGAUGAAAUCCCCCGCAGGUCGACAGAAUAACUCCUGGGGGUCAAUCAGGCUGCGUCACUUCACGCUCAUUUAACAACAAACGCAAAGGAGCCUCCCGUCACUUUUGAUUCUUUAUUUCUCCAAUAAAAGGAGAAGCGAUCAUGUCCAGAACACUGAAGAAGAAGAAACACUGGUCCAGCAAAGUGGUGGAGUGCGCGGUGUCAUGGGGGAACCUGGAGGACUUCGGCUCCAUGGUGGAGAUCCUGGGAGGAGCGGAGCUCGGACAGUUCCCCUACAUCGGCCAGAUGAAGCUGGACGUGCUGGUGUGUCACGUCGGGAAGCUGCCCUACUACGGGGACGUCCUGCUGGAGGUGAACGGCACGCCCGUCAGCGGGCUCACCAACCGGGACACCCUGGCGGUCAUCCGCCACUUUCGGGAGCCGAUUCGCUUGAAGACCGUCAAACCAGGAAAAGUGUUGAACACAGACCUGCGCCACUACCUCAGUCUGCAGUUUCAGAAGGGCUCUCUCGACCACAAACUCCAGCAGAUCAUACGAGACAACCUCUACCUACGCACCAUACCCUGUACCACACGGCUUCCUCGAGAGGGGGAGGUGCCAGGAGUAGAUUACAACUUUAUAAGUGUUGGAGACUUCAGGAUCCUGGAGGAAAGUGGACUCCUUUUGGAGAGUGGGACCUAUGAUGGUAACUACUAUGGGACCCCAAAGCCGCCUGCAGAGCCCAAUCUGGUGCAGCCCGACCUGGUGGAUCAGGUGCUGUUUGAUGAGGAUUUCCACAGUGAAGUCCCCAGGAAGCGGACCACCUCAGUCAGUAAGAUGGAUAGGAAGGAUAGCGCCGUACCUGAGGAGGAGGAUGAUGAUGAGAGGCCCCCGCUGGUCAAUGGAUUGCCCGAGCACAAAGACUGGAGGAAAACAGUGCCCAGCUACACUCAGUCCAGCAGCACCAUGGACUUCCGUACAUGGAGCUCUCUUCCCCGCGAUGACAGCCUGGAGCCCCUGCCUUACAACUGGGAGAUGGCUUACACCGAGACUGGCAUGGUCUACUUCAUAGAUCACAAUACGAAAACAACUACAUGGUUGGACCCCCGCUUAGCAAAGAAGGCAAAGCCCCCAGAGAAGUGCGAGGAUGGCGAGUUACCCUACGGCUGGGAGGAAAUUGAUGAUCCACAAUACGGCACAUACUAUGUGGACCACAUCAAUCAGAGGACCCAGUUUGAAAACCCAGUCCUGGAGGCAAAGAAGAAGCUAAACAAAGACACGACUGCAACCAAGCAAGCUGCAGCUGCACCAUCUCAAGGUAAAGGGAGUAUGCUCGGCUUCACUGCAGACCCCAACCAGCUGAAGGGGGAGAUGUACCACACAGCUCUGAAAAAAAGCUCCCAAGGCUUUGGAUUUACUAUCAUAGGAGGAGACCGCACAGAUGAGUUUCUCCAGGUGAAAAAUGUGCUGAGUGAUGGCCCUGCAGCACAGGACAACAAGAUGGCAUCUGGGGAUGUGAUUGUUGAAAUUAAUGGGACAUGUGUGCUGGGAAAGACUCAUCCAGAGGUGGUGCAGAUGUUUCAAUCGAUCCCCAUCAACCAAUACGUGGACAUGGUUCUUUGCCGUGGGUACCCACUUCCUCCGGAUGUAGAUCUAGAAAGUGACGACCCUCUACCCCCUCCUCCUCCUCCACCGGCCACACAGCCUCUCCAUGGUGGGGAAGUGGUGACAGCUGUGCCGCUCAUUAAUGGCCAACCCCUGCUAGUGAAAGGUGAUGUCCUACAUGGCUCAUCACAGGAACUUCACUACGUAACAACAGACGCCAGCGGUCGGCCUGUCGUAGCUGCUUUGCCCAAUGGGAGGCAGCCUGAGCAGGGGGCCACGGGUAUGCUGCAGCCCGAGCUGGUGAGUGUCCCACUGGUGAAAGGGCCUGGAGGAUUUGGGUUCGCCAUUGCAGACUGUCCUCUGGGGCAGAAGGUGAAGAUGAUCCUGGAUGCCCAAUGGUGCCGUGGGCUUCAAAAAGGAGAUGUUAUCAAGGAGAUCAACAGACAAAAUGUCCAAACCCUUAGUCACGCACAGGUGGUGGACAUCCUGAAAGAAUUUCCUGUGGGCAGUGAGGUCAACGUGCUGGUACUGAGAGGAGGUCAGACAUCUCCUGUGAAAUCUUUGAAGCCUCGGCAGGAAAUGACGUCCAGCACAGAGACUUUAGACGCCAUUGCAGAUGCGACUCCCCAGGCUUUGCCUUACCAUUCGAACACGAGCACACUGCGCUCCUCUGACUCCCCCAAGCGAGAGGCCUCAGAGAUGUACCUGAAGUCCAAAGCCCUGCUGGAGAGCAGGCAGCCUCACACCAAAGACAUAGAUGUUUUUCUGAAGAGAGACAUUGAAACGGGCUUCGGGUUUCGAGUUCUGGGAGGAGAAGGUCCACAACAGCCAAAUGUGUUUCCCCAGGUUUACAUCGGGGCCAUCGUGCCCAAUGGAGCUGCUGAGAAGGAUGGUCGCCUCAGAGCCGGAGAUGAGCUGAUCGGCAUCGACGGAGUGAUGGUCAAAGGUCGCUCACACAAGCAGGUGUUGGACCUCAUGACCAAUGCGGCUCGUAACGGUCAAGUCAUGCUGACUGUUCGUCGAAAGGUCAUCUACAGAGAAGCAACAGAUGAAGAAAUUCAGGAAAUGGCUCCUGUGUUGGUGAACGGUUCUCCAAAGCUACCUCGCCUACCUAUGCCCAGCGCACUGGAUCACGAGUCCUUCGAUAUCACACUCCACCGCAGGGAGAAUGAGGGUUUUGGCUUUGUCAUCCUCACAUCCAAGAGCAAACCCCCUUAUGGAGUUAUCCCUCACAAAAUUGGACGUAUCAUUGAAGGGAGUCCGACUGAUCGCUGCGGCCUGCUCCAUGUUGGAGAUCGUAUCUCGGCAGUCAAUGGCCGCUCCAUCAUUGAGCUCUCUCACAAUGACAUUGUUCAGCUUAUCAAAGAAGCUGGCACUGUCGUCACCCUCACCGUGGUUCCUGAGGACGAGUACAAGGGCCCCCCAUCAGGAGCAAGUUCUGCUAAACAGAGUCCAGCUCUUCAACACAGGGCCAUUGGACAAAGGUCAGCUCUGCAAGAUGAACGUUUUAACCUGGAUUUGGAGGACAAAAGGGAUGCAGUCAACUGGUCUGACCAUAAAACUCUUCCACCUGGUGAGGUGGGGACACUGUGUGUGACAGGACCCAAUCAGGGUUGUCUGACUGUGGAGCUGGAGAGAGGUCCCGUAGGCUUUGGUUUUAGUUUGCGCGGGGGAACCGAGUACAACAUGGGCUUGUAUAUCCUGAGGCUCGCUGAAGACGGACCAGCUGAGCAGGAUGGGAGAAUCCAUGUUGGUGAUGAGAUAGUGGAGAUUAAUGGAGAGCCGGCUCGUGGUAUUUCCCAUACACGGGCGAUUGAUCUGAUUCAAGCUGGAGGAAACAAAGUAGUCCUGCUGCUGCGACCCGGAGCAGGUCUGGCCCAGGAUGGAAAUCGACGUCGUCAAAAACUCAUUUCACCCACAGGCUUUUCUGAGGAGGUGUUCUUUUCUGGCACAUCACCUCAGUCCUCCCCUCAUCCCACGGGGGCCUCCGUUUUUAUUUCCUCAACUUUAUCUAGAAAACUGAAACAUUCCCGAAAUGGGAGCACUAAAUCCCUGCGAGGCCAUGAGCCCCGUCACAGCAGGGGUUUGGACUCACUGGAGGAGAGUGAUGAGUGGACAGAAAAGAAGAUCAACCAGCUCUCUCCCCUUCUUUAUGAUCAAAUGAAGUUCUCCCAGAGAAGCAGGUCUACAAAUGACUCAAGAGAGCUAAGCAGUCCAAAGAUAACAGAGGAGACUUUUCCUAAAGCCAAAGAGCAACAUCAGAGUCCCCAAAAGACUGAGAGUCAUGCAGAGGAAGCAGCACUGAGCAGGAGCAAAAUGCCUCAGAUGAGUAAUACAAAAAUUCAAACUGUGAACCAGGAGAAGGCUCCAAUCCAGCAUCAAGCGCUAUCAAGCCUGAAGCAGACGGAGCAUCAACAAGGGCAUCACUGGAGAUUAAAGGACUCUUCCAUCAGAGAGAGCUUAGGUAAUGAAAAUAAAAGUGGUGAGAAGGGAACUCCUCAGAUCAGAAGAUACACGCUAGGAAGUGAGAAAAGAAUGAGGCCAGGCCUUGAGCAAGAAAGCUUUAAAAGAAGAGAGGGAGGGUUUGCCCGCCACAGGACGCAGUCUGUUACGGUAAGGGAGAGUGAAACAAGUAGAAACAAAGACUCUGAGCUCAGAGCAGUUAAUGGCAACCCUGCAGAAAACAAGAGAAAAACUAAAGACACUGCUAACAAAAGAGACUCGUUGUCAUUUUUCAAAGAUAUGUGGAGCAGAAAAGACUCUGUAGAUUCAGCACAGGAGACAAAAGGAAGAGAACCUAAAUCCUCCAAAUUCAAAAAACAGCAUAAUAAAGAGGACUUUGUGGCCUCUACAGACAGUAUUCCAGGGACCACCCAGAGACAAAAAGGAUUUUUUGGCCCUGGUCCUUGGAAAGUACCAAGCUCUGCCAAAAUCCUUACUAAAGCUGAAGUCCUUCGUGACCCUCUGUAAAAGAACAUUAAAUCACCUAGACAUAAACUGUGCCAUUGAAUCGUCACAAUAUCAACAGAGUAGAGCAUUCUUUUUCAGAGAUCUUCCAUGAAUAGAGAUGUGCAACAUGCUGACCAUUUUCAUCAUCUUUAGGUUGAGGUCAGAUUUAUAUUUUGGGAGUAGAAUGAUAUCACAUUUUACAUGUAGCACUUCCCUCUGCCUUGUUCGCUGCUUCAGCAUCUUCGGUGUGGAACUUCAGCACAUGCCGCACGCUCGGGGCCUUGUCACAACUAGACAUCUUAAAAUGUGAAAAUGUGCCAAUCCUAGGAGUCUCCUGUCGGACAAUGACCACAAUUUCCACCCAUAGCAAUGCAAUGACUCUUAUGCAAACAAAGGAGCGAGGCCCUGCCUUUGAUUUGUAGUUAACUUCCCACAUGGCUGUCAAAAGGAUUAAUUUUGCCUCAUUGGGAGACAUGUAGACUUUUUUUUUUACUUACAGGCUUGCUUAACUGCAUGCUGUUAGUCCUUGAUUUUGUUUACUGCACGUGUUCUGCACAUCACCCAGGUUAAACCGCUUCCUAGUUUAUAAUUCUCAUUCUUAGCACUGGGUGAGUUGAAAGAGUGGUGUCAAAGUGUUUACUCUAAUGGUUACUUCUGACUGUUUCGGAGGAUUUUGUCAAGACACUCCUUCAGCAUCAUUAAAAAAAGACCAGAAACUUGUGGUUUCAUAUCUUGUUUACCAUGUGUAAAAUAACAGAGGCUGUAAUAUAUUGAGAUAAUACAUUAUAAAAAAUAGAAUAAAUUAUACACAAACGCAAAUGGAGGGUAUAUUUAUUCAUGUGUUUUUAUGGAAUAAACCAUCCCAUGUUUUAAUAUGGGUUUUGAAAAAUGUCCCAGUUACUGGAGCAUUCUUCUGUUUCCUAAUGUUCUUGAAUGAUCGGAUUUCUCUUGGACUUUUCAUAGUAGUUCAAGACAUUCAAACUGCUGUACCAAAUGUUUGCAAUCUCUCAAAAUGUGUCUCAUUGUGAAAUAUAUCAUAUAGUUAUAUAUAUAUAUAUAUAUAAAUAUUUGAAUGUGUCAAAAUGUACAAAUAUCUAUUGAAUUCCAUUGCACUGCAUAUGCCCUGUAGCAUAACAGAAAGAGCUGUAUUUAACUACUGAUGUUCACUUAGUACCAGUUCAUUUUUUUAUGUUGUAUUGGUAUUAUUAUUUAUUUUAAAUUUACAUUUCAUGUUUUCUAAAGGGUUCAAGGUAGUUUAUGUAAAGCUUUACCAUAUUUGAGUUAUGUCCCUGGUUGUUUAUGUUUAUCUACUGAGAAGCUGACUACUGUAUGCUGUCCGUCUAUCCUGCUGUGUGGUCAGUCGUGCAUCAGGCUAGCAUGAAGGAUGAUAAAGGCCAGAGUGACGUAUUGUUUACUGAGAGACUGUCCAUGCUGCUGAUGCAAGGCUUGUGUUUAGACAAGCCAUCAGCAUAUAUAUUGUGUUGUAAAGCAGGCAGGCAGGUAUAAGAAAAAUGGUUUGAAAUGAGUUGCAUGUAGAAACAAUAAAUCAGAGGUUAGAAUAAAAUCUGAGAUAUUAGAAUAAAUAACUAAUAAAAAAAUUCAGAUGAGCUCAGGGAACAGUGUUGUAGCAAAUGUGAUAAAGGCAAUGUUAAAGACAGUCCAAUGGAGGGUAAACUUUGAUUGUAUCAAGCGGUUUUCAGUUUACAGUACUGCUUAGACUAUGAGUUUUGUGCAAUAGUUUGGUAAAUGUGUUUGAGUAAAUCCAGCUCUGACUACCAGGUACAGACUCCUCACUCUGGUCCUGAGAAGGAAAACACUCUUUCUGCGCCUGUCUGCGCCUAUACUGGCUGAUUCUGUUCCGAUCAUUUUCUUUGUCAUCUCUACAUCAUACUGUGGCCUUGCAUCAGUUCAUUAGAAAAAAAAUAUUCCUUGUGCUACCUUCUACAUUCUGUAGGACCAGUAGAUGUAAAUGUUUGUACAUUGUACAGCACCUUUAUAUACCAACCUGCUGAGUGCUCUUUUGGGGAGAAAAAUAGAGGUAUAUUAAAAUUGCUCUGUUAUUUUUUUAUGUAUAAAAACAAUAAAAAAGAGAAAAUAUUUAAAAUGGAUUGAAAGGGGUAGGCUAUGACCUUGACAUAGUAUUCUGUUCAUGCACUAAAAAUAAAACUUUACCGAAAAUAUUA